AUGGGAGCAUCUACAUCGAAACAAGGAGGCAGAAAAUUAGCCAAAUCAGUCUCUGAAAGCGCAGCGAAAACCAUUAAUAGAACAUCCAAUGUAAAUCAAUUGCCACUGCAAAAUUUGCGAGAUAAAUUUGAACAACAACAUAAAGACAAUCUGGUUUCUCAAGGUGAUGAAAAAUCCCAUCAAGAUGAAAUAAGUCAGCAUUCGUUCCGACCAGAUUCAACUACCAAGUUUGAUCCCAAGUUUUUACGGAAAAAAUUAAAUAAUGAAACAACUUCAGCUUUUGAAGGUAAAGAUGGCGGAGACCCACAUGAACAAGGAACAUCAACAUAUGAUAAGAGCUUUAUAGACUCAGUAUCGAAAUUAGGAACUCAAAUCAAGACCAUUGAGUUUGAUCCUUACAAAGAUAAGAAUGCGUUGCCCUUAAGACAGUUGCGUUCACGAAAGAAACUAUACGAUUUAGGAGAACAAGAAUUAAAAGAUUUAAUGGAACCGACUAGUCUGCGAAACGAGGUUGAAAAGACAAUGGUCCAUCCUCAGACAUUAAGUGCCAUAUUGCGAGAUUUAGAUGAUCCACGUGUGGAUAACAAGGAAAUCCAUAAAGACUAUCAAUUGGAACCCGAUUUCUUGAAAAAAUUAGGUACUAGUAUACGACUUCCGAAAACAACAGUGGUAAUAGAAGAAGUUGUGAAAAAGGAUGAAGUUGGCCAUAAAAAAGUGGUUCCACGGAAACGCCAUGAAGAAGCUGAAAUAAUCGAGGACAACCAUGGGUUGGAAAAGGAUCAAUAUGAUAAAUUAAAAAAAAGAUUGAGUUUGGAUGAUUGA